AUGUCGGUACUUUUCACAAGUAUUUCGGAGAGCAACCCAGUCAAACCGGGCGAUGCAGAGGCCCUCCUGAAACCGCUCGGUCUAACCAUCGACCCAGCCGAGGCCCAAGAUUUCCAGCACCCUUCUCGCAGCAUCCCCGACCAGACCAAGUACCCACGGGAGAAUGUGCGCCGACCAAGUGAAAAAGAACAGGCUUUUGGUCAAGCCUGGGCACACCGAUUUCUCAUCCGGGGUAAUUCCCAAGGCGGGGUGCUGGCAGGUAAAUCUGUCAGUUUGAAAGAUGUCAUUGCGGUUGCGGGCGUGCCGCAGCUCCUCGGAAGCGAUAUCAUUCCUUCCUGGACACCGACUACGGACGCGACGAUUGUAACCCGGUUGCUCGAGGCGGGCGCUGACAUUCACGGGACUUCGACGUGUGAAAAUAUGUGCAACUCUACUUCUUCAUAUACCAGUGCUCAGGGUACGGUGGAGAAUCCAACUGCGACGGGUUACUCGGCGGGCGGCAGUACCUCUGGCGGUGCAGCGCUGGUCGCUGCUGGUAUAGUGGACAUUACGAUUGGAGGUGACCAGGGCGGUAGUAUACGCGUUCCUGCUUCAUUUUGCGGAUGCGUCGGCCUCAAACCCACCCAUGGGCGCGUUCCCUUCACUGGGAUUUCUAGCGGCGACGCCAUGACUGACCACGCUGGGCCGCUAGCCCGAACGACACUUGAGGCUGCAACAUGUCUGGAUAUUAUCAGCGGAUAUGAUGGCAUCGAUGAUCGCGCUCUCGGUAGCUCGAAGCCAGGCUCUACCAGGUUCGCGGCAGCUCUUCAGCAGGACCAGAACCUACUUGACGGGUUCAAGGUCGGCAUUGUUGUUGAAGGAUUCGAUCACAGCGCCGUAGAGCCAUGUGUCAAAGGCGCAGUCAUGACUGCUGUCCAGAAAUUUAAAGAGCUGGGCGCAACAAUCGAGGAAGUAUCUCUUCCCGAGCAUCUACACGGGCCGGCGAUCUGGACUAUUCAGCAGCGAAUUGCCGGUGCACAGACUCUCCUUGGCCAGAACACUGGCCGAAGAGGGCUUUACAUGACUGAGAUGGAACAUGCCCGACUACCAUGGACUGAUGAUGGCUUCCAGAGAGCGUUCCCGUCUACAAAGAACGUCAUAAUCAACGGUCUCUAUCUAAUGCAGCAAUUCCCUGGUCUCUACGGCAAGACUGCCAAUAUCGGACGACUCGUUAGUGACAAGUAUGAAGCACUGUUUGAGAAGUAUGAUAUCCUGGUAAUGCCUACAACGCCGGUCGUUGCCCCUCGACAUGGAAAGCGAGAACUCCCGCUGGAUUCGCUUAGGCCUAGCAUGGGUCUUACAAUCAAUACUGCCGUGUUCAAUGUGACGGGUCAUCCUGCACUAUCCAUACCUGUCGGGUUUGCUCCAGCAAAGGAAGAUAACCAGGUCAUGCUGCCAGUUGGGAUGCAGAUUGUUGGUGGAUUAUGGCAGGAAGAGAAGAUCCUGAGGGCUGGUCAUGCCUGGGAGACUCAUUUCGACUGGAAAACCAUGCAUUACUCUACAGAUAAGAACUGA